AUGCAAACAAAAACUUUUCUUAUGUUAUUUUCUAUUAUCGUUGUACUUUUAAUCGAUGUCAAUGAUGGUGCACUAGCAGCUCCAAAGUUGGUAGCAGUUAAGGAAGAGUCAUCUAAACCUACAAUCAUUUGUACAGCAUGGAAAACAAAUACCGAUGCAAGAAGUAAAAAAUUCUUCAAUGAAAAUAAACCAAUAAUAUCAAAAAAACUUCAAACUAUUCAUAAAAUACCAACAACAUUUGUUCCUAAACCAUCGAAAGUAGCAACACAAGUUGUUAAUGGUUUUCUCCAUCAUUAUUUAGUUAAAUAA